AUGAUUAAACAGUUCCGGAAGCCGGGAGCCCUAAACUAUUCGACAAAUGUGCAACGAAGUGUGUUUCUCACGUUCAUUUGGAUGCAAUCAGCCGUAAUAAUCACGUCUUUCGAGAUUCCUACACUCUAACUGCUUCCUUCCAGAAUCUUCUCUUCUACGUACUCGACAACGUCGUCUACCGUAUCCCUCCAUCCGGUCUUCUCACUUCCUGGCUAGCUGCCACUUCGCCUGCCCAUUUUCUCAAACUUUCUUACUACUUUCUCCUCAUUUCCAACUACCUCUCUACCAGUUUCUCUCUCCUUUUUUGCUUCACCCGCUUCAUUGUUGUCUACUUUCCAGAUAGUCACACAACGGUGAGUUGAGAGUUGUGCCACGUGACGCUGAAACGAAGUAGAACGUUCAGAAAAUCUCGCAUCUGUUCGCCUUCUACAUUCCGAUCUCCUUCAUUCUUCCAUUCCUUCUCACUCUAUUCUUCUUGCCCGCCACUGUCUAUUGUCGGCAGCUGAUCCACCCGUACAGUUUCGGAGCACUUUACUUCAAUUAUGUCGGAGCUUGGCAUGAUGUGAGUUGCUCAAAACAUUCACCGAACUUUUGUCAGUUAAGAUCUACUACGAUCCGUUUAAUGUGUCGGUUAACUCUCUGUCAACUAUCGCUAUUAUCGGAAUCAACGUUGGUCUUCUCAGAAAAGUCAGAAUGAUGAUGAAGCGAAAAGCGUGAGUACAUUGUGAACUCAACUGUGAACUCAACUGAAGGCACGUGCAUACAUUUAGGAAUCGGGCAUCGAGAAGUUUAAAGGCGGAAAUCUCACUGACACUCAUGACGCUCACUAUGAGUAUUCCAUUUCUCUCCAAUGCUGCAUUGACCGUACGUUCUGGAUCUGUGCCAAUAAACUUCUAACUGAAUGCUCAGGUCACUGGAGUUGUGGAUCCUCUCAAAUCCGUCUAUACCCUGCUGCCCCGUCAAAUCUGCAGUGACAUCGGUCUGGUGGCAGUUCCGUGGAUCUUCUAUCUGACCCACCCGAUGUUCCGAUCCAACUUCACUGUCGUCGUGACAAUGUCGCAAGGAUCGAGUGGAAUGAGAGUCCGAGGACCAUCAGAGUUGAGAAUUGUAUAA